UUAGUUUGUUGAGUGAGCAAACGAAACGAAACGAAACGAAACGGAUACCAGUCAGUCAGUCAGUCCAGUCCUCCCUCCCACUCACACACACGGUACCCCAUUCUUCGUGUUUCUUCAAAAUUCUAAACAAAAUCCGAGCAUACAUUUUGUCAUUAAAACCUAUACAAUACACUGCAUUUGAAUCCUUUGGAUCACUGUUUUCCAGUCAAUUUCAACUCACCAACUUCUGGUUCAUCGUCUGUUAGGUUUUCUAAUUUCGUGAAGAAACUUCGAUCGGAGUUUCUACAACUCAAACUUAGGAGCUUCAGAUUCACAGUUUCUCCUUAUGUCAAGAGAUACAGGAAAAUUAUCUGACAGGAACAGCUACAAGCUUCUCAUGUGUGAAAAAUUAGUCAUGAAACUAUGCUCUUAUCAACUCAUUUUGCCCAUCUUUGUCUUACUUUCUCUCAAGCCUCUAGUAUGUGCUGACUUGAACUCAGAUAAGAAGGCUCUUCUUGAAUUUGUUACUGCCGUACCUCACAGUCCAAAGCUCAAAUGGGGCAAUGCUAGCAUUUGCACUUCAUGGGUAGGCAUUACAUGUAACUCUGACGGAACUCGCGUCAUUAGCGUUCGGCUUCCUGCUGUUGGGCUUACGGGCCCAAUCCCACCCAGCACUCUUGGAAAGCUUGAUGCAUUAAGAGUUCUAAGCCUUAGAUCAAAUUACUUAAAUGGAAGUUUACCUUCUGACCUCCUUUCACUUCCUUCACUCCGCUCUCUGUUCCUUCAACAUAACAACUUCACCACGAACAUUCCAGCCUUCUUUCCUCACCAUCUUCAUAUAUUGGAUCUAUCAUUUAAUUCAUUCACCGGCAGUAUUCCGCCAAACAUCCAAUAUUUGGCACACUUAUACCUCCAAAAUAACUCUCUCUGUGGUCCAAUCCCAGAUGCGAUCUUCGUAAACCUCCAGCAUGUGAAUGUAAGCUACAAUAAUCUCAAAGGCUCUAUUCCAUUUUCCCUCAAAACUUUUCCAAGCUCAUCAUUUGUAGGGAAUCCUUUGUUGUGUGGCCUACCUCUCAAGCCUUGUUCCAAAAGGAAACUCACAUUAUGGGGUAUUGUAGCCAUUGCAGUUGUAGGAGGCGUUGCAGUUAUACUUUUAGCUGUAACCAUUGUUUUCUGCGGCUUAAGAAAAGAGAGUACCUCUGGUGAAAGUACACUGCAGAGAAGGAGGCCUGGUGAUAAGCCAAGGGCGGAAUAUGGUGGUGGGGUUGUAGAAACUGAUGACAACAAACUGGUUUUCUUUGGCUCUUAUAUUAACUUUGAUCUGGAGGAAUUGUUGCGGGCUUCUGCUGAGGUGAUUGGAAAGGGCAGUUUUGGAACGACUUAUAAGGCUGUCAUGGAGGAGUCCAUGACUGUGAUUGUCAAAAGGUUGAAUCAAGCAGUGGUGAGUAAACAAGACUUUGAACAACAAAUGAAGCUUAUAGAGAGAGUUGGACACCACCAAAAUGUCGUGCCUCUUCGUGCUUUUUUCUACUCUCAAGAUGAAAAGCUUCUGGUGUAUGAUUAUUAUGCAGCUGGUAGCUUGAUGACACUCUUGCAUGGAAGCAGCGACACGGGUAGAACAGCAUUUGACUGGGAAAACAGAGUCAAAAUAGCCAUGGGGACUGCAAGAGGCAUUGCACAUAUCCACUCUAUUGGAGGCCCGGGAUUCACUCAUGGAAACAUAAAGUCCUCGAACAUACUCAUAGACCACGAGAUGGACGCCUGCAUCACCGACAUUGGCUUAGUCCCAAUCAUGCCUACUACUGCCCCAUCUUCCCAAUCUCCUGGAUACCGAGCCCCGGAAGUCCAAGAAACCCACCAACACUCCCACAAAUCAGAUGUCUACAGUUUCGGGGUCCUCCUCCUAGAGUUGCUGACCAGAAAACAACCAAUUCAAUCUCCGGUGAGAAGAGAGAUGGUUAAUCUCCCAAGGUGGGUGCAAUCGGUGGUUAGAGAAGAAUGGACAUCUGAGGUUUUUGAUGUUGAGCUCAUGAGGUUUCAUAACAUUCAAGAGGAGAUGAUGCAAGUGUUGCAGAUUGGUUUGGCUUGUGUGGCACGGGUUCCCGAGAAUCGUCCAACCAUACACCAAGUUGUCAGAAUGAUGGAACAGGCGGCAUCACCUGCUGCUGUUUAGACCAAACAAAUCCACUACACAUACAUAUAUUAGUUAGUUAGUAAACAUGGAACAAAAAAUAAUAAUAAUAAUACUAAACUCUUGCUUGCAUAUACAUCUGCUUAUUACGGUCAGGUGAGAAUUUGGCUAAAUUCUUUUUAGGCUCUUAAACUACUACUGACUUUGACCAUUUUAUUACUGAAUUUUAUGUCA